CACAAAAUUUCCUUCAAUUAAACACACAUUUAGUUCUCACACCACCAAGAAACUCAAAAGAGAGAGACUCUUAAGAGUUUCUUCCUUCCUCUUCUACUUCUUCAACCAUCUAGACAUAAAAAAAAAACCAUGUCCAAUCAACUUCCUCUAUCUCCACCACCACAAUCGCAGUCCCAACCACCUGACACGCCUCCAUGGGACACUCCAUCUUCCAAAUGGUUCACUCCAUUCAACACACCAUGGAGAACAACACCAAGAAGCACACACUCAACUCCAACUCCAACAACACCAGUAGCUCUUACCGAAGUGAUUGUGUCCAAAUCACCUUUGUCUCAGAAGAGCCCUGAAACGCCUAAACUAGACCACGGUAUCAAAUCAGAGCCUUUUAAAGAUACAAUGAUUCUCCUGCAGCUAAGAGCUAGCCGGACGAAUCCAUGGAUAUGGUGUGGUGCAGCGUUGUGUUUUAUCUUCAGCGUACUUCUGAUAUUCUUUGGGAUUGCUACUUUGAUUCUCUUUCUCGCCCUCAGACCAAGAACCCCUGUUUUCGACAUCUCUAAUGCCAAGCUCAACACAAUUCUCUUCGAGUCACCGGAGUACUUCAAUGGUGAUAUGUUGUUGCUGGUGAAUUUCACCAACCCAAACAAGAAAGUAGAUGUGAGGUUUGAGCAUCUUCAGGUAGAGCUCUGGUUCUCCAACAAGAAAAUCGCCACCCAAGGUAUCUUGCCCUUUUCGCAAAGAAACGGCAAGACUAGGCUAGAACCGAUUCGGUUAAUCUCGAAUUUGGUCUUCCUGCCUGUAAAUCACAUAGUGGAGCUCAGAAGACAGGUCAUGACCAACAAGAUAGACUACGAAAUCAGGAGUUUUUUCAGAGUGAAAGCUGUUUUUGGGAUUAUACAUUAUUCUUAUUCGCUGCAUGGGAGUUGCCAACUUCAACUGGGCAGCCCACCAACCGGCAAUUUAGUUUCUCGGAACUGCACUACAAAAAGAUGGUGAAGAACACAAGUCAUCAUUCAAAGUGUCUAGCUUUAUCUGUGUUCCUCAAGCAUAUAUCCUUCUUUUGUCCACUCACAAGAUGUAAAAACGAACCAAGAUUCUGAGGACUCUAUGCAAGAACCGAGAUCCGAGUCUAUUCUAUAUUUUGUAAAGACAGAUCUAGUAAGUUUGGUAAUUAUAUGAAUCAAAGUGAAAUGUUUCCUUCAUAUUUUGCUUCAAGAUUACAAAAAUCUGAUUCCAUAUUUGAUCCACAAGACACAAUCUCAAAAAAGAAAAGCAAAAAAGACUAAAGCCAAUAGAACAACUGAGGGAUCAGACAGAUUCCCAUGUUGGUUCCUUUCAGCGUUAUAAGUAAUCAAAAGUAUUUGAUCCAAAGAAAAGAAAGCACAG